GCAACGCAGCACUAGACAGACCACGAGUCGGCCGGCGUACGCACUCCCCAGUUCCCACUCCCCUCGUCCCCUGCAGACUCCCCACUCUUCGCCCGCCUCGCCGGAGGACAGCCGCCCUCGCCGCUCGCGCCCGGAACAUGGACACCGUGGGAGCCCGUCUGAGCCGCUCCUCCACGCGGUACGGCCCAUCCAGCAGCAGCAACGCUUCCUUCAGCGGGCCCGUCAGGAAGUGGCGCAAGGCCUGGGCUCCCCUCGCCGGCGGCGGCAACGGCGGCGCGGGAUCCGCCUCCGCCGGUAUGGGUCCCAUGGGGUGCCCCAGGGGGAACAAGGUGGUGCUGCUCAAGUGGGCGCCGGUGAAUGGCGCCGCUCGAGGGGCAGGUGACGGCGACGGCAACGGCAAGCAGGUGCCCGCGGCCGCCGGCAGGCGGCGUUUCGUUCCUGCUUCAGGCGUGCCACAAAAUCCUACCAAGAAAAGUGGCAGCACUGAGCUAAAUUUGAACCUUGGUUUGGAAGACCCUGACGAUGACUCGGAUGCUGAUUCAAGUGCAGACGAACAGCUGCAUUCAGAAAACAGACUGAAGAGGAAAGUGUUUUAACAGAACACCUUGGAAUUAGAAUCUAAUUAGCUGCCCCAUAUUUCACCCAAAUUCUGCACGACCUGCACUUGAGAUCGCUCGUGCUUAUUAUGCAUAUCUUGUAUUUCAUAGCUUGUAUCGGCCAUUGUCCCUUAUUUCAGUCCAGAACAUUCAUUAUUGUCUUGUGCUAAUUGGGAGGCUUAGGACCUUUUUACUCUUGUAUAAAUUGUCCUCAACUUAUGAGGGAGCUGGCAAUGCACCGGCAUGUGUUGUACGGAGUCCUUUACAGAGUUUGGAAACACAGUGUGUGGCCUUCUGUCAAUUGGUUUUCUACUUCAGACAAUUAUGCAGACC